CGUCGGUUGACGGCUGCGAAGAAAAGACCAAAUGGCCGAUUCCCCGGGAACUGAAUAACAGACGAAGAAACAUAAGAAACGAAACAUUAGUGAAAGAUCCGUACAGCAUCAAUAUGGUACUUCGGCUCCAUCACAGAUCCGUCGUUAAUAGCUACGCAUAUAAGUUUAUUCCAGUUGCAGUGGCGGUAAUUUUGAUAUUCUUCGUCAUUGUUCACGAUGACGCAGAGAUGAAAGACCCAUCCAGAAAUAACCAGAGAGGAAGCUCGGUGAUUCCAAAGUCUAGGAUGCGUGAUCGACAUGAUGGCGCGCCUAGUGACGACGUCAGGAAGUACAGUCUUUGCAAAGCUCUCUUUAGCCUCGAUAGUCCGGUAUCUGAAGAGAAAAUUGAAGCCAUUUAUUCAGGAAAGAUUCGUCCCAAUGGAGAUGUUUUUCACAGAAGGGAAGUCGCGAAAGGAAGGGAAGAAGUGGAAGAUAUCUAUCGUAAGAUCGACGGCGUUUUAAGUAAGAUUCGAAAGUUGAAAUAUUCAGAGCCUGAACAUUUCUCCGGUGAGGACUACCAGCCUCUGGCUGAACUCUUACCUAGCGUUGCUGAAUACGAUUCAGCCUCUGAGUAUAAACCCGACUCGAAGGUAAAAAGCAGUCAUUCCAGAAACGAACCUAAACACGAAACUGAUCAAAGGACAAAAUAUUCUAAACAACGAACCUCUUCCAGAAUCGAGGAAGGGACUCUUCCAUUCGUUCCCUGUUCCAUCAGAGGCUACGAGGACAAACGCCAGGUCUUCACUUGCUUCCAGAGACGGAUCGACGUCCAAGGCUCUCUCUCCAUCCAUUUCUUUGGGGACUCCAAAAUACGUUACCUUAUGCAUCAGUUCCUGGAAGAAAAUAACGAUGUGUUUCAUUUCGUCGUUGUAGCGAAGAAUAUAACUGGACCGUGGCCUGACGCCAAAAGUUACCUAAUGAAGGAUUUCAAAUGGAUAGAUUUCGAAGUAAUUACUCCAGCCUUGCCCCGCCUGCAAAUAACUUUCAGGGAAGUAUACUCUCCUUUCUGUGCCAGAUCUAAGAUGUAAAAUUAAGUAGAACAUUAAAUAUUUGAAUGAAAUAUACAUUUAAAGAAUCAGAAUUUUGUGAUAUAUCAAGUAGCGAACAUUGCUCCCUUCUGAUAACACUUCUCACAAUUAUUUCCCAUUAUUGUUUGUGAACUUUAUUUGUUAAAUACAAUAUCGCUGCUUUUAUUUACUUUUUUACAGUUUUCGGAAGUUUUUGAAUUCGCCGGAUAUACGACGAGAGCUCCCCGAAAUUCGGCAGCUGAAAAAGUGGGCCAAUUAUGAGGAGACGCCGCCGGACCUUUUGAUCAUUGACUAUACUGCCUGGGUCCUUACUUUGCACACCGAUGACAAAGUCUUCCCACUAAUAACCAGAUACACCACAGACGUUUUGGCGGUUCUGCUGGAACUCCACGCUAAGGUAGUUCCCCUUCUGGACAAGAUAUCCAAGAGGACGAGGAUUCUGGUGCUGUCACAAAGUCGACUGAAACUAGAUGUGGAGAAUCUCUUCGUGGAUUACCGUGGUCCAAUGGCUGAUUUCAACAUGGACUGGAGUGAAGCCACAUUCUUGUACAUUCUGAAACACUAUCACCACCUGAACUUGAGGCCUUUGUUGGAAUCUCGCCGCGCUAAAGCAAAAGAAAUGUUGCAAAUCUCAGAAGAUUCUGUUAAAGAUUACAACGCUUGGGAGUCCCAGUCUGCUGACACGAAUUCAUCUGCUAUUUGGCAUUACCAAGGCGCAAAAAAGGCUGAAAACGAAUCUUCUUCGAGUUCAAAGUUGUCUUAUUCAGCACAAUCGAAAAAUGGGUCGCCUGGGUCUGAUGCGGAUAUUUUUUCAAGAUAUCCUCAAGUCGCUCGGGAAAAGUUGAAGAAAGCUGCUGAGAAUACGCCAUUCCGUGAUUAUCUCAUCCCUUCGACAGAGGAUUCGGGACUGUGGUUUUGGGAUGCCCUAAUUCCCUUUAGCUUGGCUGAAAUUCGGGAAUGUCACAAAAUGUUCGAGAGAGGCUAUGGUAACCAGCCUUUCUACAAGGGCACUGCCCGGAGGUGUAAUGACCCAGCGCACUCAGGAGACAUCACCAAUAGUGACUUAGUUACGAUGAUGCUCAACCUCUUAUGCAAUACCGUUUUAGAAGUAGAAGAAGAUUAUUGCUGUU